AGCCGCCAUUGUUCCGCCGGGGGAGGACAGCGGGGCCUGGCGCUGGCGCCCCGACGCCGCUUAGCGGCCGCCUCUGGAGACACUCUGUCCCCGCCGCCCGGUGUCCUCCUGGAGGCGGCGGUGUGAGGCCGGCUGCGGGGACUGGGUACACUCGGCCCUCCCCGUGGCGGCGGCGGCCGCCUAUUCCCUACUUCGGCGUGAGGGGCGGCCGCGAUGCACUCGGCCUGAGGUGUCGCGGCCCUCGUCGCUUCCUACGACUGUUCCAGCGGCGUGUGUGCUCCCCGGCGUCAUCCCGCGAGUCUCUCUGACGGGAGGGAAGAUGGCUGCACGAAGCUGGCAGGACGAGCUGGCCCAGCAGGCCGAGGAGGGCUCUGCCCGAUUGCGGGAGUUGCUCUCGGUCGGCCUAGGUUUUCUGCGCACCGAGUUGGGCCUCGACCUGGGGCUGGAGCCGAAGCGGUACCCGGGCUGGGUGAUCCUGGUGGGCACCGGCGCUCUCGGGCUGCUGCUGCUCUUCCUUCUAGGUUACGGCUGGGCCGCGGCUUGCGCCGGCGCCCGCAAGAAGCGAAGGAGCUUGCCCCGCAAGCGGGAGGAGGCGGCCUCGCCGACUCCGGCUUCCGAAGACACAGCCCAGCUGAAGAAUCUCAGAAGCGAAGAGCAAAAGAAGAAGAACCGGAAGAAGCUGCCUGAAAAGCCCAAACCAAAUGGACGGACUGUUGAAGUACACGAGGAAGAAGUUGUCAGAACUCCCCGAAGCAUAACUGCAAAACAGCCACCAGAGACAGACAAGAAAAAUGAAAAGUCAAAGAAAAAUAAGAAGAAAUCAAAGUCAGAUGCUAAAGCAGUGCAAAACAGUUCACGCCAUGAUGGAAAGGAAGUUGAUGAAGGAGCCUGGGAAACUAAAAUUAGUCACAGAGAGAAACGACAACAGCGUAAACGUGAUAAAGUGCUGACUGAUUCUGGUUCAUUGGAUUCAACUAUCCCUGGGAUAGAAAAUACCAUCACAGUUACCACCGAGCAACUUACAACUGCAUCAUUUCCUGUUGGUUCCAAGAAGAAUAAAGGUGAUUCUCAUCUAAAUGUUCAAGUUAGCAACUUUAAGUCUGGAAAAGGAGAUUCUACACUUCAGGUUUCUUCAGGGUUGAAUGAAAAUCUUACUGUCAAUGGAGGAGGCUGGAGUGAAAAGUCUGUAAAACUCUCCUCACCAUUGAGUGCAGGUGAGGAGAAGUGGAACUCUGUUCCACCUGCUUCUGCAGGCAAGAGGAAAACAGAGCCGUCUGCUUGGACUCAAGACACUGGUGAUACUAAUGCAAAUGGGAAAGACUGGGGCAGGAAUUGGAGUGAUCGCUCAAUAUUUUCUGGCAUUGGAUCUACUGCUGAGCCAGUUUCUCAGUCUACCACUUCUGAUUAUCAGUGGGAUGUUAGCCGUAAUCAACCUUAUAUCGAUGAUGAAUGGUCUGGGUUAAAUGGUUUGUCUUCUGCUGAUCCUAGCUCAGACUGGAAUGCACCAGCAGAGGAGUGGGGAAACUGGGUAGAUGAAGAUAGAGCUUCACUUCUGAAGUCCCAGGAACCUAUUUCUAAUGAUCAAAAGGUUUCAGAUGAUGAUAAAGAAAAAGGAGAGGGAGCUCUUCCAACUGGAAAAUCUAAAAAGAAAAAAAAGAAAAAGAAGAAGCAAGGUGAAGCUAACUCUCUCACGCAGGACACAGAAGACCUAGAAAAGGACACUAGAGAAGAGCUUCCAGUGAAUACCUCGAAAGCCCGUCCAAAACAGGAGAAAGCUUGUUCCCUGAAGACCCUGAGCGCUAGUGAUCCAGUUGAAGUACUUAUCAAAAAUAGCCAGCCUAGCAAGACUCUUCCACCUGCUAUCUCUGCCGAUCCAUCUGUUACCUUAUCAAAAGGCGACUCUGACAAGAGCUCUUCCCAAGUGCCACCGAUAUUACAAGACACAGACAAGCCCAAGUCAAAUGCUAAGCAAAACAGUGUGCCUCCCUCACAGACCAAGUCUGAAACUAACUGGGAAUCUCCAAAACAAAUAAAAAAGAAGAAAAAAGCCAGACGGGAAACGUGAAUUUUUUUUUCCUGAGUUGGACAUGUGUUUACAAACACUGUCUUGAAGAUUAUGCUGUUUAUGCAAUAAUUUGUGAACAUGUACAGAGUUUUAUAUAAAUUUAAACCAAUUUUUAAAACAAAACUGAACACAACCACCAUAAAAUGGAAUCAAAGGAAAGUUAAUUUAUGAAAUUAAGAGGUCAACAGAAUACCUACUACAGUGCUGGAAGACACUUGGGAGAGUCUUUUCAAUUGAACGAGAAUAAUCAUAAUUUAAGAAUAUUAUCCUGGUUUUACAACAGUUCCCUGUUUACGACAGAUUGUGCCCUGUCUCAUCUGCAGCUGAGGAUGAUGGAUUCUGAUUAGAGAGAAGGCUGCCUAGAAGCCAGUCGGCAGGUCCUUGGGUCUUAUGCACAACCGUAGACCAUUUGAAUCUGUUUUAUGCUUAAAUCAAAGUGCUUUGAUCAAAUGCAUAAUCUGCCAUAUCUUUACGUAUUUGUUGUAGCAAUUUGUAUUAAAAGAAUCACAAGUGCAAAUAAAAAGUCAUUUAUCAUUUAUUUAACUAAACUGUCUUGGUUUAGUUUACAGUUCUUUAAAAGUUCUAAAUUAAAACAUUGAAAAUGCAAUUGACAGACACUUGUAUGGCUUACAAAGUUAUUUUUGAUAAUCUUACAUUACUUGAAUUAUUCAAAGUAACAGUAUAUUUUAAAUUAAGAAAAGUGAAUAUAUUAUUUGUUUGAUACAUUAAGACUGAGACUAACAAUGCUCUUGUUUAUGAUUUGAAAACUCUUCAGGCAAAAUCCAACUUAAUAUUUCUCCUUUCCCUAGCAAUUUUUCCAGUGUCAACUCUUAGUUGCUAGUAAUUUUUUUACCUUAAAAAUGAAGUAAUUCACAAUUUUUGAGCAUAUGACGGAGAAUGGAAAAGUAGUCAGACAGCUUUAAUUGACAUGGUGAAGACCUCCGGUUAUCAGGAAUACAUUUUUUUACUGCCUUAACCUCCUGUAGUGCGUAGAAUAUGCAUCAAUUUCUUGAAGGGGAUUCAUGUUUUUAUAAGAAUUUUCAUGUAUCUAUUGCAAUUGUGGUCAGAAAAAGAAAAGGAACAUUUUCUGCUUGAAACUGUGUUGAUUUAAAUGACGUAUGCUCUGUCACCAUUUUCAGGCACUGUGUGAUCCCUAGGAAAGUGGCAGGCCUCUCUGUAACUGUUAAUAGUGCAUGCUUGGCCAUGUACACUGUAAAUAGCCUUUACCAAACGUGUUUGACAAGGACCAUAAUUAACAUCACUUUAGUGAAUUGUGAUUUUUAAAAAGCCAUGAUUUAUUGAUGUGAGUGGCUUGUUUUCCUGUGGCGCCAGGAAUGAACCUGUUUAAAAGCUAUAACCAAUGGUACUGAUCUAUCCAUUAAAUACUGUCCUUAUAUUUGACUGUAGUUUAAUAGUAUUGUCAACCAGGAAAGCUACAAGAUGUAAAAUGGUUUUCUUUCUGUUGAAGACUGGCCUUAUUAAUGGACAGCUUUCUUCAGAAGUAAUUAACAACUUUUUUAUUGGGUGUUAACAUCUGUUUCAGGAACAUGGCAGUAUGUUUACAUGUUGUCAGAAGUUUUGUUUGAUUGAAUGGGAUUUCUAAAUUAAUUUACUUGCUUAAUAAAUUCAGAAAUGGA